AUGAUUCUUUGGUUUUCUCUAGUGUUUGUGCUCUUUUUCAAAGCUUCCGAUGGAAAAGCAGUGGAGCAAGUGCACCUGAGCCUCAGUGGAAACCCAAAUGAGAUGGUCGUGACGUGGCUGACACAGAAUCCGCUACCAAAUGUGACUCUAUAUGCAUUAUUCGGCGUUUCCCAGGAUUCUCUGAGAUUUACUGCAAAAGGAAAUACAACUGGAUGGGCUGAUCAGGGAAAACAUAAAACAAUGAGAUAUACCCAUAGGGCAACUAUGCAGAAUUUGGUACCCGGGCAGGUUUAUUAUUAUCAAGUAGGCAGUUCACAGGCAAUGUCCUCCAUUUUCCACUUCCGUCAACCCGAUCCAUCUCAACCGCUCCGAGCUGCAAUUUUUGGAGAUUUGAGCAUUAUUAAAGGCCAACAAUCAAUAGAUCAACUAAUUGAAGCUACAAAACAAAAUCAAUUGGAUGUAAUAAUUCAUAUUGGAGACUUGGCAUACGAUUUACAUGAUGAAAAUGGAGCAACUGGAGAUGAUUAUAUGAAUGCAAUUGAGCCAUUUGCUGCAUAUGUUCCUUAUAUGGUUUUCGCCGGAAACCACGAAGUCGACGGGGACUUCAACCAUAUCAAAAACCGCUUCACAAUGCCUAGAAAUGGAGUUUACGACAACAAUCUUUUUUGGAGUUUCACCUAUGGAUUUGUUCAUAUUAUUGCAAUAAACUCUGAAUAUUACGCUGAAGAAAUGUCAAAUGAAGCCAAAGCUCAAUAUCAAUGGCUCCGCGAGGAUCUUGCACAAAAUACGAAAAAAUGGACAAUUGUAAUGUUCCAUAGACCAUGGUAUUGUUCAAGUAAAAAGAAGAAAGGAUGUAAUGAUGAUCAGGAUAUUCUAUCAAGAGAAGGUGAUAAGAAGAAGUUUCCAGGAUUAGAGGAAUUAUUGAAUCAGUAUAAAGUUGAUAUGGUAUUAUAUGGACAUAAGCAUACUUACGAGAGAAUGUGGCCAAUUUAUAAUAAGAAUCCAUUCAAAUCAGCAAAUCCUGGACAUAUUAAGAAUGCACCUGCACCGGUUUAUAUUUUGACGGGAGGAGCGGGUUGCCAUUCCCACGAGGACCCAUCUGAUCACAUAAUGCAAGAUUUUUCUGUGAAAGCACUUGGAGAAUAUGGAUAUACUUAUCUUACUGUAUACAAUUCAACACAUAUUUCAACUGAUUAUGUGGAUACUUCUAGUACGACUGGAAAGUUUUUGGAUCCUUUUGUUUUGGAGAAACUGUGAAAAUAAUUAAAGUUGAAAUUCUAAAUUUGAAGAUGUUACAUAUCAUGUAAAUAAAUGAAUAA